AUGGUAGACGCCAAGUGUCUGAGUGACUGUAAAUGGCAGAACCAACUUGAGAAGCUUGGAUUUUCACCUGGCCCAAUACUACCUUCCACCAGAAAGUUGUGAAAAAAGUUAGUACAAUUGUUGGUCUCACCUCCCUGUGCACCACCUGUGAUGAAUGAACCCAGAGAGCUGGAUGGACCUCAGGACAGUGAUGAAACUGAAGGGUGACUGCAAGAGCACCAAGCACCAGAAUCACAUAUGGGACUAUCACCAAGGAGAGAGACUACUGCACAGAAGACCAGACUGCGGAGAGCUGGAGAGAAGAAAGUUUCCCAGUGGGCAUGAGGCUUGCUGUGCUUGGUAUUUUCAUCAUUGCGGUGUUUGUCUACCUAACUGUGGAAAAUAAGUUGUUAUUUGGUUAAGUAAUUUAGGAGCAAAGCAAUGCUCCAAGUGAGGCCUCCUACUUCAGGAAAGAACCAAAAAACUACCCUGAAGAGCAAGCCUAGCCCGCAGCCCUCCCUUGCAGGGAGCCUUCCCUUGCUCUGUGCUCCUCUCACAGAUCUGCAUCUGGGCUCAGCCAGGUGGAAGGAGCCAGUGAAAAAACCAGGCACCUGUGUUAAGAGCGUGAUGGUUAGGAAAUCCCCCAAGUCAUGUCAGCUCUCAUUAAAGGUGCUUCCAUAUUUGAGCAGGCGUCAAACAAG